AUGCGAUGUGGUUGGGCAUAGCUUCGAGAGUUUGCUUAUGAUCAACUUGGCAGGCCUAGCUUUGUAAGCCAGAGACGAACCGAGUGUGGUGCUGUGCCUGGGGCGUCAUGCAGCCAGCAAAGAAGAGUAUUCAGUCUAAUAUCGAAGAGGAGGAGAAGUCGUCCUCGCGAGCCAAACUAAAGCCCAGGGAAUUUGUGAUUACCGGCGACUAUAUGUCGCAGCUGAAAGUUGUGUUCACAUCGCCCGGCAAAACGAAUGUGUUCCCCGAUGAAUACAGCAUGCAACUGCCGGGUCUGGGCAUCCAUCAUGUGGCACUCUGUUCGGACAGCAGUUGCUUAGCUGCCAUUUCCAUGGAUGGCAAUUUGACGCUACUCAGUCUCAAUGGUGUGGGAGGUCGUUGGCUGCCCAGCGUCAGUCACAUCCAUGUGGGCAACUUUUGGUCAUCGAGUUUUGGUGGUGGCGGCAACAUCGAGUGCAUCUAUGCGGGAUCCGGCAGUGGACACAUCUACAAAUACGAUACGUCCGACCGAACGUUGCAGCAUAGCUAUGACACCCAUUGCUGCGAGAACGUCUUGGGCCUGGCAAUCAGUAAGGAUCAGCGGUUGGUGGGUGCCACAGAUUAUGCUGGCAAUUUGACGUUGUUCGAUGGCGUCACCCGGCAGAUUACGAGUCGCACCAACUACAAGAUGCCAAUGAGAAGAUUGGUCUUUGAUCCGAGCAUGCAACAUGCUCUCGCAGCCUGCGAUGAUAAGACCAUUAAGCUCAUCGAUUUGCCAAGCGGCAUGUUGCGUGAGAGUCUCGUCGGUCACGAUGCCUUCGUGAUGUCGGUGGAUGUGUCGCCAGAUGGAUUGCGUUUUCUCAGUGGCGCCUUCGAUGGCUCCAUCAAGCUCUGGGAUGCCAGAACCACAAAGACCUCCUUGGCAUUUAUGUGUGGUACGAACAGGAAUCUGUGGGAUGUCACCUUCAAUAAAUGCUGCAAUAAGAUCAGCUGUGUGGGCGAUGGCAAGGGUCUCAACAUUUAUUACUGCAUGGGCAAUAAGAAAAUGAUGCUGGUGUAACAGAGAUGAUAGUUUUUUUUUAAAUCAAUUUACUCAUACAUCUAUUUGGGUAACUAACUUUUUUCAAAGUGGAAUUUUGACCGUCCGUUUAUCGGAGACGAAGGCAUAACUUAAAUCUACACUGUGACCUCACUGUUAACCCAUUGUUAACGUGUAUGGAUUUUGUGAAAAGCUGUUUGAGUUCAGAUUGUGACUGUUAUAAGAAUAAAAUUUAUAUAUUCACCC